GUUUUCGCAUCGUCGCCAGAGACCAACAUGCCAGUCUUGCUGUACAAUCUCGUGGGCAGCCCACCCUGCGGCUUCAUUCGCUGCUUGGCGAAAGAGAUCGGCGUUCAGCUGAGCCUGAAGGACCUUGAUUUCGGCAAAGGAGAACACCGCUCUGCAGAGUUCCUCAAGAUAAACCCUUUCCACAAGGUGCCUGCGAUUGACGACAGCGGCUUCAUCGUCUACGAGAGCAACGCCAUUGCCUACUAUCUUCUACGGAAGUAUGCUCCGGAGUCGCAGCUCUAUCCCAACUGCAUUAAGACACGCACUCGCAUCGACCAGGUGCUUGCAGCCGUCAAUGGCAACAUAAAUCCUAGCCUUGGGGCCUUCCUCCGCCCUCUAUGCUUGCAAAGUACCAAACAUGGAGCAGAUGAGCUGAAGGCCUGCGAAGAAAAUGUAGUUAAGACUCUUGAGCGCCUAGUCGGAGAAAGCAAAUUCGCCGCUGGUGACAAGAUCACCAUUGCUGACCUCUGCCUCAUAGGUCACGUCAUUUUCUGUCUCGAGAUUCCUUGCGUCAACAAAGCGAAAUACCCAAAGCUUACAGCAUACUACGACCGUGUGAAGAGUGCAUUGCCCUACUUCGAUGAAAUUUAUGGGCCAGUCCUUACUCUAAUCAAGAAGCUGUGGGACAGAAUGAAGUAGACACGUCUCAUUGCUGCCUUCGAAAGAAGGACGCAU